CUUAAUAUUACUGUUUAUUAUUUCACAAAUAAAAAAAACCUUCAACCCUCUAUUAACCUAAACCCUAACACUUUUCUUCCUCAAACGCUCACACACACACACAAUGGGUUCUAGCGGUAAGAAGAAAAGAAGCUCUGCUUCUGCUUCCGACGAACACGAAAACACGAACAAUGAGUCUUCUCACGAACCCCUCAACAAGAAACUUAAGAACACCACCGACACUUCUACCAAAUCCAUGGAGGUUAAGAAGAAGAAAAAAGCUUUCGACAAAACGCGGCGUGGUGCUGAAUCCAAAUCGAAUUCCGAACCUGCAGCUUCGGAGCCCAAACCUGCGCUUGAUUUGUCUAGCAGUGGCGGCGGGGGUUCACUUCCGGAGUUUCACAUUGGCGUGUUUAAGGACUUGGCGGCUGCGUCUGAAUCGGCUAGAGAAGCCGCCGCUAAACAAAUGGUGACGGAGUUGAAGGAAGUUCAGAAUGCCUAUGUUGGAGUUGAGGAUAAGGAGAUUGGUGACGGUGGUUUUAAGCUUGAAGCUGAGAAAAAUGAUGGAUUGGAUGAAUGUGCACCUUCUGUUAGAUAUGCUAUUCGUAGGCUUAUUCGUGGUGUUUCUUCUUCCCGAGAGUGUGCGCGACAAGGUUUUGCUUUAGGUUUAACAGUUUUAGUCAAUGCUAUCCACAAAAUCAGAGUUGACUCGUUUCUUAAACUCAUAGUUGAUUUAUUGGAAGUAACUUCAUCAAUGAAGGGUCAGGAAGCCAAAGAUUGUCUUCUGGGCCGCUUAUUCGCUUAUGGUGCUCUGGCUCGAUCAGGAAGACUUAUCUACGAAUGGAGUUUGGAUAAAAAUACUCCAUACAUCAAAGAAUUUGUUGGUACACUUAUCUCCCUUGCAAAUAAGAAGCGGUACUUGCAAGAGCCUGUUGUCUCAAUAAUUUUAGACUCGAUUGAAAAGUUGCCUGUUGAAGCAAUAGUGAGUCAUGUUAUUGAAGCUCCUGGACUCCAAGAGUGGUUUGGAUCUGCUGCAGAAGCAGGAAACCCUGAUGCUCUAUUCCUUGCUUUAAAAAUUCGAGAGAAAAUUUCUGCUGACAGCCCCAUCUAUGGAAAAUUACUGCCAAAUCCGUUCAGCUCUAGCCAGCUUUUCUCUGCUGAUCACCUGUUGUUCCUGAGUAAUUGUUUGAAGGAAUCAACCUUCUGUCAGCCCCGCAUUCACAGUAUCUGGCCUGUUUUGAUAAAUAUCCUUAUACCUAAUACUGUUCCACAAUUGGAAGAUGCGGCAUCAGCUUCAAAUUCAUUAAAGAAACAUAAGAAGAGUAAGAAAUCUUGCUCUUCUGAUGAAGAAAUUGCAAAGAAUCUUAAAUCUUUUUGUGAAAUAAUUGUUGAAGGAUCCCUUCUCUUCUCAUCUCAUGACCGCAAACACUUAGCUUUUGAUGUUAUGUUGCUUCUUCUUCAAAAUCUGUCUGCAUCUUUAGUUCCUGUUGUUCUGUCAAACAAAGUUGUUCAGUGCCUGAUGGAUAUACUAUCAACAAAUAACACAUGGCUGUAUAAAGUUGGACAACAUUUUCUCAAACAAUUGUCUGAAUGGGUGGGGGACGAUGAUGUCAGAAGAGUUGCUGUUAUAGUGGCUAUACAGAAGCACAGCAAUGGAAAAUUUGAUUCUAUCACAAGGACAAAACAUGUUAAAAAUUUGAUGUCACAGUUCAAAACGGAACCUGGUUGCAUGCUUUUCAUUCAGAACUUGAUGAACCUGUUUGUGAACGAAGAUAAUGUGUCUGAGGAACCUUCAGACCAGAGUCAAACAACAGAUGAAAAUUCUGAAGUAGGCUCUAUUGAGGAUAAGGGUUCUCCUAGGCAAAAUGGGAAUUCUGACUUUUUGAAGAGUUGGGUUAUAGAAUCCCUUCCUGGUAUUUUGAAAUUCUUAAAGCUGGAUCAGGAGGAGAAGUUUCGUGUCCAAAAAGAAAUAUUGAAAUUUAUGGCUGUUCAGGGUCUGUGCACUGCAUCUCUUGGCACUGAAGUUACUUCAUUUGAGUUAGACGAGAAAUUCAGGUGGCCUAAAUCUCCCACAUCAAAUGCACUUUGCAAGAUGUGUAUCGAACAGCUGCAGUUGUUGUUGGCAAAUGCUCAUAAGGGAGAGGGCUCACAUCCUUUGUCUAAUGGCCUUGAGCCUAAUGAUCUAGGUUCGUACUUCAUGAAGUUCUUCAGCACCUUAUGCAAUAUUCCUUCAGUUUCCCUCUUCCGAACUUUAGACGACGAGGAUGAAAAAGCAAUGAAAAAUUUGCAAGCAAUGGAAACUAAAUUAUCUCGAGAGGAAAGGAGCCACGACGGCGGUGCUAAUGCAAAUAAGUUGCAUGCACUGAGAUACUUGCUUAUCCAGUUGCUCUUACAAGUGCUUCUUGUUCCAAGGGAGUACUCAGAAGCUGCGUCUGAACUCAUCAUCUGUUGUAAGAAAGCAUUUUCUACUUCUGAUAUUCCCGAGUCCUCUGGAGAUGAUGAUGCAGAGGCUGAUGAUGCACCUGAAUUGAUGGAUGUUCUUGUGGAUACAUUGCUCUCUCUACUUCCCCAGUCAUCAGCUCCUAUGCGAUCUGCUAUUGAUCAGGUGUUCAAAUAUUUUUGUAAUGAUGUCACCGAUGAUGGACUGAUGCGGAUGUUGCGAGUCAUAAAGAAAAAUUUAAAACCUGCAAGACAUCCAGAUGCAGGUAGUGCUGAUGAAGAUGACGAUGAUGAAGACGAAGACUUCAUCAAUAUUGAAGAUGAAGAAAUUGAUCAAGCUGAGACGGGUGAAACAGGUGAGAGUGAUGGGCUGACAGAUGACUCUGAGUCUGUAGUUGAUGCAGAGGAAACUAGUCUGGACCAUCCAGAAGAUUCUGAUGAUUCAGAUAGUGGAAUGGAUGAUGAUGCCAUGUUCAGGAUGGAUACAUAUCUUGCUCAGAUUUUCAAAGAGAAGAAAAAUCAGGCCGGAAGUGAAACUGCUCAUUCGCAGCUUUUGUUGUUCAAACUCCGCAUCCUUUCAUUGUUGGAAAUUUUCCUUCAUGAAAAUCCAGGUAAGCCUCAGGUUCUUACGGUGUUCUCGCAUUUGGCUCGGGCCUUUGUUAACCCACAUACUGCAGAAGUUAGUGAGCAGCUCAGUCAGCGAAUAUGGGGAAUAUUGCAAAAGCAAAUAUUUAAAGCAAAAGAUUAUCCAAAGGGUGAUGGAGUCCAAUUAUCCACACUUGAAUCUCUGUUAGAGAGAAAUUUGAAAUUAGCUUCAAAACCAUUUAGAAAGCAAAAGUCUGCAUCUAACCCCUCAAAGCAGUCAGCUGCCUUGAAUAGACAGAAAAUGGUUUCAUCCUUUCCCCAAACUUCAACUUUUUGGAUUUUGAAAAUUGUUGAUUCAAGAAAUUUCUCAGAGUCCGAACUGCAGGGCAUUGUUCAAAUUUUCGAGAAAACAUUGGUAGAUUAUUUUGACAGUAAAAAGUCUCAAAUCAAAGCUGGAUUUUUAAAAGAAAUAUUUCGCAGAAGGCCAUGGAUUGGCCAUGCUGUACUUGGGUUUAUUUUGGAAAGAUGUGGAAGUGCCAAGUCAGACUUUCGGCGAGUCAAAGCACUUGAUUUGGUAAUGGAAAUAUUGAAGACACUAGCAACUGGGAGUGGUGAAGGCCAGAAUCCAUUGAAAAAGAUUGUUAAAAAUAAUUUGGAUAAACUCUCCCAUGUUAUGAAAGAGUUGGUGACAAAUAUGCCGAGCAAACCAGCUAGAAAGACAGAGGUACACAAGUUUUGUGUCAAGGUCUUUGAGAUAUUGUCUAAGCACAAACUCACCAAGUAUCUUCUUAAAACUUUGGAACCUGAUACUCAAGCUGCACUCGAGGCACAACUUGGUGAUAAAUUCGUCUCUUUGAAGAAGCUGGAAAAAUGAACUAGGGCAUUUAGGAUUUUGCUGCUACUGACUGUUUAAAGAGGUUCGUGCUACUCCCCGCACUAGACAGACCAACCAAUACAAGUUGGAGUUAGCGAGCUUUUGAACGAGCAAUGAACCUAAACAUUUAUAUAAGCUUUUGGAAGAGGAAAUUUUGUAAAACUUUUAAUGCAGCACUAGUUCCAAAUUCAUUUAAGAACUUAUUUUAUCCGAUUGCAAGGGAAAAUUUUGGUAGAACUUUUGUUUGUUUUUCUGUGAACAAUUUGAUUUUAUAUUGUUUCCGAAUUCUUUUUCUCCAUUAUUAUUUACUUUGGAA